CGCUAGAAUCUGGGCCUUUUCUCCCAGACCAUUUCGGCUCUGACCGAAUCAGUUUCCUGGAAGAUAGAGGGAGGAGCCUGGCAUUUCUGGUGGUUGGAAGAACAGCCAGUCAAAGCCAGCCAGCAUCUGAGCCAGCGUUGGAACUGGAGCAACGGAGAACGAAGGCUCGGCUGUGUUGGAAUACGGUAUAAUUUUAAUAUUCACACACAGACGGUGUAUGCAACAGAUUAGUCGUCGAGAUGCACGUGAAGGUCUUCCAUUUGGUCUGGGGAAGCUGAAGCAUAUUGCAGCCCGGACACAUUACGUUUUCGGUGGGAUAAGCCAUCUGUGAGACACUGGGUGUGCACAGCGCAAUAACGGCGCGAGCCAACCGGUUAGUCCAUCGACAACUAGCUCACAUUAACCCAGCUAGCCAACCAUUUUCGAGAACCCAGUUAGCUUGCGGUGAAACGAGCAUAUUGGUCGGUACGGAAAGUGUCGGUGGAUGCUGCUGAGGAAGUCUUGUGUCUGGCAGUACCCAACAGUAAGAUACAAGCCCGAGGCAUGCAAAGAGGGGAGUUUUUCUGCAGACGAGCGAGGAAAUCUCCACGCCCUGGGGUCUGUUCUGUGGUUACUAUUUAGCUAGCUCGCUGGCUAGCUACCGAGAGAGAAGCUCAAGAGAAGGUGGGGCCGCGGAGUGACAGUCUUGGACGCCAGCUAAUGUGGCUAGCUGGAUAACUUGGACUCUUGAGCGGCCACUGAUUUCCCUGUCACUGACAUUAGGAGGGUUUAAAUUACUAGGAGUGUGCAUUAUUGCACAAUAGUAGCCCGCAGAAAGCACGUUAUAAUUGACUGUUUCAAAAUCCGUGUGGGUGGGAUAUCUUGAGGAGAGCAUCCUCGUUUACCCGAAUGACCAUGGCGGACGAUGACGUGCUGUUCGAGGAUGUCUACGAGCUAUGCGAGGUGAUUGGGAAGGGUCCCUUCAGCGUGGUGAGGCGCUGCAUCAACAGGGACACAGGCCAGCAGUUUGCUGUGAAGAUUGUGGAUGUGGCCAGUUUCACCUCCAGCCCUGGCCUCAGCACAGAAGAUCUGAAGCGAGAGGCCAGUAUCUGUCACAUGCUGAAACACCCCCACAUCGUGGAGCUGCUGGAGACCUAUAGCUCCGAUGGCAUGCUCUACAUGGUCUUUGAAUUUAUGGAUGGAGCAGACCUGUGUUUUGAAAUUGUGAAGAGAGCUGAUGCUGGGUUUGUGUACAGUGAAGCAGUGGCCAGCCACUACAUGAGGCAGAUUUUGGAGGCACUUCGGUACUGCCACGACAACAAUGUGAUUCAUCGCGAUGUAAAGCCUCACUGUGUGCUGUUGGCCUCAAAGGAGAACUCUGCUCCUGUCAAGCUGGGAGGUUUUGGAGUGGCAAUACAGCUGGGAGAGUCUGGUUUAGUAGCUGGAGGUCGAGUCGGUACUCCCCACUUCAUGGCCCCAGAAGUAGUCAAGAGAGAGCCGUACGGCAAACCGGUGGAUGUGUGGGGAUGUGGAGUCAUCCUCUUCAUCCUCCUCUCUGGCUGCCUUCCUUUCUACGGCACCAAGGAGCGUUUGUUUGAGGCUAUCAUAAAGGGGAAAUACAAGGUGUGUGUGAUUGUCCAGAUGAACCCCCGCCAGUGGGCCCACAUUUCGGAGAGCGCCAAGGACCUGGUAAGACGCAUGCUGAUGCUGGACCCGGCUGAGAGAAUCACUGUCUACGAGGCCCUCAACCACCCCUGGCUCAAGGAGAGGGACAGGUAUGCAUACAAGAUCCACCUGCCGGAAACCGUGGAACAGCUGAGGAAGUUCAAUGCCAGGAGGAAGCUGAAGGGUGCCGUGUUGGCUGCUGUUUCCAGCCACAAGUUUAACUCCUACUAUGGUGACCCCCCAGAGGAACUACAUGACUUCUCAGAUGACCCAACCUCUUCAGGACUGCUAGCUGCUGAAACAGGGGCAGUAUCACAGGUUUUGGACAGUCUAGAGGAGAUUCAUGCAUUGACGGACUGCAGUGAGAAAGACAUGGACUUCCUCCACAGUGUCUUCCAGGAUCAGCACCUCCACACCCUGUUAGAUCUUUAUGAUAAAAUCAACACCAGGUCAUCCCCUCAGAUCAGAAACCCUCCAAGUGACGGAGUGCAGAGAGCCAAAGAGGUAUUGGAAACCCUCUCCUGUUACCCAGAGAACAUGGAGGCCAAGGAGCUCAGGAGGAUCCUCACACAGCCACACUUCAUGGCCUUGCUGCAGACCCAUGAUGUGGUGGCCCACGAGGUCUACAGCGACGAUGCGCUGAGGGUGACCCCCCCACCUACUUCUCCUUACCUGAACGGAGACUCACCAGACAGCACCAACGGAGACAUGGACCUGGAGAAUGUCACCAGGGUUCGCCUGGUCCAGUUUCAGAAGAACACUGAUGAGCCCAUGGGAAUUACUCUCAAAAUGAAUGAACUCAACCACUGUAUUGUAGCCCGAAUCAUGCAUGGUGGAAUGAUUCAUCGACAAGGGACUCUGCAUGUAGGAGAUGAGAUCCGAGAGAUUAAUGGCAUCAGCGUUGCCAAUCAGACGGUAGAACAGCUCCAAAAGAUGCUGAGGGAGAUGCGGGGAAGCAUCACCUUUAAGAUUGUGCCCAGUUACCGGUCGCAGUCCAUGUCUUGUGAGAAAGAGUCACCAGAUGUGUCCCGACAGUCACCUGCAAAUGGUCAUGCUAGUGUCACCAGCUCCAUCUUGGACCUGCCAGCGACGAUCCAGCCCAAAGGCCGUCAGAUAUCCAGACCUGCUAUCAAGGACAAAUUGUCCAUUAAGAUUUAUGUUCGUGCUCAGUUUGAGUAUGACCCGGCAAAAGAUGACCUCAUCCCGUGUAAGGAGGCAGGCGUUCGCUUCCGGGUGGGUGACAUCAUUCAAAUCAUAUCCAAGGACGACCAUAACUGGUGGCAAGGAAAGCUUGAGAACACCAAGAACGGCACAGCAGGCCUUAUUCCCUCACCUGAGCUACAGGAGUGGCGCGUGGCAUGUAUAGCUAUGGAGAAGACCAAACAAGAACAGCAGGCCAGUUGUACCUGGUUUGGAAAGAAGAAGAAACAGUACAAAGACAAGUACCUGGCCAAGCACAAUGCAGUGUUUGACCAACUAGAUCUGGUGACCUAUGAGGAAGUGGUUAAAGUGCCAUCAUUCAAAAGGAAAACGCUGGUCUUGCUUGGUGCACAUGGAGUUGGUAGAAGGCACAUCAAGAACACACUGAUUACCAAACACCCUGACCGCUUCGCCUACCCCAUCCCUCACACAACUCGGCCUCCUAAGAAGGACGAGGAAAACGGAAAGAACUACUACUUUGUGUCUCAUGACCAGAUGAUGCAGGACAUCAGCAACAACGACUACCUGGAGUAUGGCAGUCAUGAGGAUGCCAUGUAUGGAACCAGGCUGGAGACUAUCAGGCAGAUCCAUGCACAGGGCAUGAUUUCCAUCCUGGAUGUCGAACCACAGGCACUAAAGAUCCUCAGGACAGCUGAUUUUGCUCCCUAUGUUGUCUUCAUCGCAGCUCCCACUAUCACCCCAGGCAUGACCGAGAUUCCAAAGUGGUGCAAGAAACUGCCUGAUGACUCUCUUCAGCGGCUCCAGAAGGAAUCCGAGAUGCUGCAGGGGACCUACGCUCACUACUUUGACCAGACCAUCAUCAACAAUGAGAUUGAUGACACCAUCCGACUGCUGGAGGAGGCUGUAGACCUGGUGUCCACCACUUCUCAGUGGGUUCCUGUCUCCUGGGUCUACUGACAUACACUCAACGGCAACUAGCUCAUCACCCUGAACGAUCCCUCUCUUAUUCAACACGGAUGCUAAACUUGAGUCAAAUCCCCUUGAAUUGCAUCUCUCUCAUCAGAAUCCCAUAUUUCUGUAGAUAAACUAUCGUUGAAAAGGAGGGAAACGGAGAAAUUAAUGACUCUAAUGCCUCACUACAGAGACUUCAUCCUGCCCCUACCCCUUUUUCUCAACGGCUUCAAAUGGCACAUUAUUGUGUAAAUAUAUAUACAUAUAUAUAAAUAUAUAUAUAUAAAUGAUAAAAAAUGAAGUGAAUAUGGUUCGGUCCUAGUUGAAGGAUGGGGGAGUGGAGGGGCAGUGUGGUAGAUAUUUUGUACUUUUCUUUUGUAAUUGAUGGAUGGGUGGUAAAAUCAGUAAGGCAAUAGUGAGCAUGACCAUAAAGCAGUCUUAUGUGGCUGCGUGUGUGUGUGCGCGUGUAUAUGUGUGUGUGGACCUUUAAGGCACUUCUUGUGGUACUCUGUGUCCUCUUCUCCAACAUCCUCUAAUCUCCUCGGCCACUGUGACAAACAAGCCGAACUUAAAGCACAUUAGAAGCUGCUAUAGUGGCGACAAGUAACUCCCUCAGCUCCAAAUGCAAGUUUGAGUGAAGCAGGAAGCACAGAAAACUUGGCAGUUUCUUUCUCCCUCACCCACCCCCAGCCCUUUAUUUAUUUCACUGGCCCUCUGUGCCUGUCAGUUUGUUGAAAGAGCACACUGCAUUCCUCUACGCUGUCUUUCCGUGUGUUGUUGUACCAUGCUUCCCUUCCAAACCUCUGAUGGUCUUUGUUUACAUCUCAGUUUGCACAAAAUGGACAAUGAAGAAGAUGUGCUCUGCAUAUCGUCACCUCACAGUUUUAUAUUUUUACCCGCCUACUUUCUCUGGUUGGUUCCCCCCACCCCAAUACAUGAAAUGCUAAUCAGUGGUCAACAGACCCAUGGACCUGGACUAUCGUUACUAUCAGCUAUGAUAAAGCACUUGCAAUUACCACUAAACAUGGCUCCUGAACUAGAAAACAAAAAAAUAAUGGAAAGGAGAAAAAAAAUAAACUGUCUUUUCAAAGCCUCGGGGAAGAAGUCUGUACCACCUAUGCACACCCCUGGUGUCUGCUAGGCAGACUGCCACCACAACCGUUUUCUUCUUUCCCCACUCUCAAAGAGUGAGCCAUGCUUGUUGAAACUAAAGUGUUCAUAGGAGUGUCUCUGAAAGGGGAGGGCCUAAUGUAGGUGGGAUGAAUCCAAUCCUAGAGCCACCAUUUUGGAACUGUUAACUGUUGUCUUUAAACAUAUAAAGGAGUAUUCUUGUUUUGAGGGAGAGAAAAUAACUCAAAAUUUUGUGUGUAAAUGUUUCAAUGGUGCGUACGUCAUGAGUGAAUUACCAAGAGCCAGUGUAUAUAUUAUCUCUUAAAAGAAGCUCAGUAUGUGACAUAACCUCUUCGUGCUUUACCAGAAGUGGCACAACGCUGCCCCACCUACAGUAACUUAGUAUGUGGGCAGGGUCUUGAUAAU